UCGAUCGAUCCUAUUUUGUUAAAAUUCUUGAUUAUUAUAAGAUAACAUUUAAACUUCUAAGUUUGUUUUCAAUUCAAACAAUUUAUCUCAACAAAAAGACGUGCUUGUAAAAAUGUCUUACGCAACCGGAAGUAUUUCAUAACCGGAAGUAGGACUCCCCUCCGGUUGGAGACGUGUCGCUAGAAGAAAAAGGAACGAGGUGGGAAGUCGAUCAAGCCCAAAAAAUAUGGCUUCAGGAAUCCCAGGAGAAGCGAUCAGGAUAUUUCUACUAUGUACUGUGUGGUUUACAGUAAGCUCUACAAACAAUGUGAUCACAAAAAGACUUUUGAACAAGUUUCCCCAUCCAGUAACGGUGGCUUUCGUUCAAGUAUUCUCGACUGCUCUGUUUAUGGGGCCAACCCUUGUACUAUGGCGGGUCCCCAAGUAUUCAGCGAUCCCUAAAACCACGUUUUAUAAAUUUAUCGUGCCUCUGUCUUUUGGGAAGGCGCUAGCGGCAGUAUCGGCCUACGUUAGUAUAUGGAAAGUCCCCGUAUCUUACGCUCAUACGGUUAAGGCCACAAUGCCAAUAUUCACAGUUGUUUUAUCAAGAUUAAUUUUAGGCCAAAAACAAACACCUUUGGUGUAUUUUUCUCUAGCGCCUAUUGUUCUUGGUGUCAUGGUCUCCACAGCAACAGAACUUUCUUUUGACAUUGUUGGUUUGAUGAGUGCCCUGCUUGCUACCUUGACAUUUGCUGUACAAAACAUUUUCACCAAGAAGAUGAUGCGUGAAUUACACAUCAGUCAUCUGAGAUUGCUGAGUAUUUUAGCACGCAUAGCGACUGUCAUUUUGCUGCCAAUCUGGGCAUUGUACGAUCUUAGAAAAAUUUUGACGUAUUCAGAUUUGAGUGAAGAAAACAUUCUUUGGUUACUUGUUGUAAUAACCAUCAAUGGCUUCCUGAAUUUUGUCCAAAAUAUGGUCGCUUUCACUGUGUUAUCCCUUAUCACUCCAUUGAGUUAUUCUGUGGCCACAGCAUCCAAGCGCAUCCUUGUCAUCUCUGUCUCUCUCUUCAUGUUACGUAACCCUGUUACCAUUUAUAACUUCCUUGGAAUGUUGAUGGCCAUCUUUGGUGUGUUCAUUUACAAUAAGGCCAAGUAUGAUGCUAACAGGGCAGCACAUCAUCUACCCAUGCACAACAAGGACACUAAACUCCCUACUCCCAGCCUCACAAAUGGGCAUCUCAACCACAUAAACAGCCAUGUGCAUGACAGAAGACCACAUUAUCAUCUUAUAUAGCAGGCACAGAGUAACAGAUUAUAUAACUAGAUACUGAAUUAGUGGGCCAUGGGCCUCUUUCAUUAACAAGAUAAUUUAUUAUUCCUAAACAGGUACUCAAUGGUUAUAGAAGGGAGGGAUAGGGUGUACACAUUGAUAAACAUUAUUACAUGAGAUUCUCAAAAUAUUGCGAUAUCAAAGUUGUGCAAGGUUGCAUGAAAAGUCUGAAAAUAGUAAAACUUUGUUAACGUAAUGUGUUUUGUUACAUUGGAAACAAAUUCGUAUCUCUAAAUAGGUAUUUAGAAACCUCGAAAUUUAGGCAAACCUAGUGCCACAAAAUAUAUGCCUCACAAAAAUGCAAGAUGUUAACCCCACAGGAAUUCCAUGUAAUAAGGUGAUUUACUGUACAUUUAAUGGUAGGCUACUUUUAAGUUUAACAUUUAAAAAUGUUAAUAUGAGUAAUAGGAAACAACUUGUACAGGGAAGUGGCCCGUAGCAAGAAGGAUUUGAAGGACCACCCUCUCGACUGGUCUGCUUCAAAAAAGGACCAUGAUGGAACAUGAAGGUUCUAUUUGUUGGGAUAUAUUUUUUUUAUUUAACCAAAACUCAAGAAGUGCUGCAAGCCAUUCACCUCUGCCGUAGAAUGAUUUUGGUUUCCCAACCAGCGGCGUAGACAGGAUUUUUAACAAGAGAGGGCCCAAAAGGCCCUUUUCUCCUGUAUUUUAGAUAAUGUCUCAUACAUUUACAGUAUUUUUGGCUGCCAAAAGGGGGGGCCCAGGCCCCCUGGGCCACCCCCUGGCUACGCCCCUGCCAACAAACCCAAACCAAAACAAACCAUAAUCAUUUACUGGCAUUUUAGUGUAUGUUGUAUCAAUGGAACGUGUAUUAAAUAUCAGGGGCGGAUCGAGGGGGGCCCCUCACCCCUUUUUCAGACAUUUGGCUUAAAAAUAACAAGAAAUAUAAGGAAAUAUACGGAAGAACAAUAAGUCCGGAUCCACCCCUGAAUAUAGCAAUCAAUAGGUUAUGGGAUAGAUUUUCAUCAGGGCGUGGUUUUAUUGGGCUGUGCUCGGAUUUUAAUAGAAUAUUAAAAGAUAAUAAAGAAAUAAAACGUU